AUGACAACUAGAUCCAAAGCUGGCAUUCACAAACCAAACCAUAGGUAUGCUCUCAUUACUGCAAAAACUACUAUUAAGGAGCCUCAAGGUAUUGCUUCAGCCAUGAAACAUCCAGGUUGGACUGAAGCUAUCAUGGAAGAAUUGAGAAGAAUCUACAUGUUAAACACCUGGUCUCUAACUCCUCCAACAGAAGGUAUGAAUAUUUUGGAUUCAAAGUGGGUUUUCAAAACAAAAUUGAAACCGAAUGGAGAAGUGGAUAAACUAAAGGCACGCCUUGUGGCAAAGGGGUCUGAUCAAGAAGAGGGAGUAGACUAUUUAGAGACGUUCAGCCCUAUGGUUAGGACAGCCACAAUUCGGCUGGUACUCGACACUGCAGUCGCACGUGGCUGGUCCCUAAAGAAACUUGACGUCUCCAAUGCUUUUCUACAUGGGGAACUUCAGGAACCAGUGUUCAUGUAUCAACCAACUGGAUUCAUUGAUCCAGAAAAACCAAAUCAUGUGUGUCGUCUUACAAAAGCACUCUAUGGCUUGAAGCAGGCCCCAAGGGCGUGGUUUGAUACCUUCAGCACAUUCCUCCUUGAAUUUGGUUUUAAUUGCAGUACUGCAGAUCCAUCUCUGUUUGUGUUACACCAAGGCGACAAGAUCAUUGUCCUGUUACUAUAUGUUGAUGAUAUACUCCUAACUGACAACAAUCAAUCACUCCUAGAUCAGCUUCUACAGUCUCUCAACACACGGUUCUCCAUGAAAGAUCUUGGUCCACCUCGUUAUUUUCUUGGAGUGCAAAUUGAAUCAACUGAUGAUGGUUUGUUUCUGCAUCAGACAACAUAUGCCUCAGACAUUUUGUAUCAAGCAGGGAUGUUAGACUGCAAUCCAAUGCCAAUGCCUCUACCUCAACAAGUUGACAAACCUAACACGACUCCAUUUGAGGAACCAACGUAUUAUCGAAGCUUGGCAGGUAAGUUACAGUACCUGACUAUCACUCGUCCUGACCUUCAGUAUGCUGUAAACUUUGUUUGUCAAAAGAUGCACGCUCCAACAAACUCGGACUUCAGCCUCCUCAAGCGAAUUCUCCGUUAUGUGAAAGGUACAUUAAACAUGGGUCUUCCAAUCAGAAAACAUGGAAAUCCUGUUCUGUCGGCCUUUUAUGAUAGUGACUAUGCGGGUUGCAAGGAUACACGACGAUCAACAGGUGGUUUCUGCAUUCUGUUAGGCUCAACUUUAAUAUCUCGGUCCGCUAAGCGUCAACCGACAGUGUCUAGCUCCUCGACUGAAGCAGAAUACAGAGCUCUCUCUGUUGUUGCUCUUGAACUGACUUGGAUCUCCUCCCUUCUUUGA